GGAGCUGCGCCCCGCCCCGCCCCGCUGAGGGGAAGGGGCGGGGGCUUCGUCCGGCCCAGCCCAGCCCAGCCCCGCCCAGCGGGGGAGCUUCUCCCUCUCGGCCCGUUGUAACUAGCGGAAGGCGCGAGCGGCAUCGUGGGCGUCCGUUCCAUCGCUGGUGCCUCUUCCGGUCUGACCUGGUGUGGUCUGAUCCGGCGUGGCGGUCUUUAGACCUGUUGCCAGAGGCGGCAGCGAGCGGGGGCUGGCGUUGUGGCGAGGAAAAAAUGUGCCUCAGAGACUACUGAUCUUGCAGAGACCUGCUUUGCCAGACAAGUGCCUCAGUUGGUCGAUUCUUAAGAGCUAUGAUGGCCAGUCACCAAGCAGAAGUUCAGAGUCUGAAGCUAGAUAAUGAUUCAGUUAUAGAAGGAAUAAGUGACCAGGUACUGGUGGCAGUUGUGCUCAGUUUCACUUUCAUUGCUGCUCUGGUAUAUACGAUUUUAAGAAAUGAACAUCAGAACAUACACCCAGAAAAUCAAGAGCUAGUGCGAGCUCUUCGUCAGCAGCUUCAAACUGAACAGCAGGAUGCUUCUGCUGGUGAUAGACAUCGCUUCUAUACAGAUAUGUCUUGUCCAGUCUGUUUGCAACAGGCUACAUUCCCUAUAGAAACAAACUGUGGACAUCUUUUCUGUGGUUCCUGCAUUAUUGCCUACUGGAGGUAUGGCUCAUGGCUUGGUGCCAUCCGUUGUCCAAUCUGCAGACAAACGGUAACAUUGUUUUUACCGCUCUUUGGAGAAGAUCAGCAGGAUGCAACGCAAGUAUUACAAGAUGUCAACGAUUACAAUCGGAGAUUCUCAGGACAGCCCAGAUCUAUUAUGGAGAGAAUUAUGGAUCUGCCCACUUUAUUGCGUCAUGCUUUCAGGGAGAUGUUUUCUGUUGGGGGCCUCUUCUGGAUGUUUCGCAUCAGAAUAUUCCUCUGCUUGCUUGGAGCCUUGCUCUACCUGGCAUCACCUCUGGAUUUUCUUCCUGAAGCACUCUUUGGAAUUCUGGGUUUCUUAGAUGAUUUCUUUGUCAUUUUUCUUUUGCUGAUAUAUAUCUCCAUCAUGUACCGAGAAGUAGUGACACAGCGACUGAAUAGAUGAAAUAGACAAAAAUGGUCCAAAUGCAGAGGCGGCUGUGGAAUGUUUAAAAAGAGAACUCUAACAUAAGUAUGAUAUAGCAAGGCACCUGUGUACAGUUUCAGUAGUUACAAUUUCAUAGCUGGUCAUCUUAUAUAAAUAUGAAGGGUUAGUAUGUGGUGAUGUUUAACUGGAAGCUUUAGUUUGUGUAUUACAUGUGCUUCAUAUAGAUGAGGUUAGUUUUAUAGCGUAAUAAACAAACUUCAUCUGCUUCCACCUGAUAAACAAUGGUAUGUCAUCAAAACAGAAAACACUUUUUUGUGCAUGGUUUGUGAAAAAGGAGUUUUAGUAAAGGACUUCUAGUAAAAAAUGCUUUUGGGUAAUCUAGACAUGUAUAAUGAAAUUCAGAAAUUCUUCACAAUACAGUUAUCACAGCUAAAUUGUUUAAUGUCUCUGUUGUGCAAUAGAGUUUUUUAAAAUAAAAGUAACAUUGUGUGCCUCUGUGGAAGAAACCCAAGGGCUGUGUUACAAUUAUAAUUCUGCAGUUUGCUGUUGUCCACAUGCUUUUCAAAAACAAGGAGAACACCUCAGUAUUGCUUGAACUGCACCCAGUAUGGUUGCAUGCAAUCCGUACAAUUUUAUUUUUGUAUUUGGGAAUAUACACACAGUAUCUGAUCUAGAUAGAGAAACCAGUAUUAUGUAGUACCAGACUGGUUAGUGCUCUAUUUUUAAACAGGAGCAUGUUUUUUCUCUUCAUGCUUGUUUAUUUGGUAGGUACGUAUCUUGGAAGCAGGGUUUUUAUGCUGCUUUGAGUCAAUGCAAUGUGUCUGAAGUGAGAGUUUGCAUUCCUUUGGUUGCAUUAAAACAUUUAGCUAAUGGAGAGAACCCUUGAAGUUUAGACAGUGUUUGAAGAAGAGAAGUCAGUAGUGGAUAUUUGCACUGCAGAACUUUACCUGAAUGUACAUACUGCAAUAUAGGUGUUAAACAACUUAGAUAUUGGGACAUUUGAUUUUCCAUUGGGGUUUUAUUAUUGUUUGGUUUGUUGAUUUGGAUGUGGGUUCUGAUUACCUUGAAAAAAAUUUGUUAUAGGGGACCACAAAAAAUGCUGGAAAUGUUUUCAAAAAUACCAGGGUAUUAAUUAACCUUCAAGUCGAUUUUUUUUUUAGUGUUGAGUUCAAAAUGUGCUAUCAUCACUAUAGAAGUAAUUUGAAAAUAUUUUCAUUUUAAUAAAUUAAUCCCACUAGAAAGGUCAAGGAUAUGAUAGAUCUACGUACUUUUUAGCCAGAGGAAUUAUGAUUGCCAUUUCAUUUUAACUUCCUGAGUACUUGAACAACAGUGAUUAGACAGGUGAUUCUUUGUGUGUUUACAUAUAUGGCAUGAGGCUUACAAUGAAAGGGACCUUUUCACAACUUCUCUGUUUUGCCCUUGCAGGUGUCUUUUCUAAGCAUGUGCAGAGAGAUGAUAAAGCUGGCACCUGACAUGUCAGUGGUUGUAGUAGGAGAUUGUCCUUCAGUGUUUUAAAUGACAUUCAUUUAAAAGUAAAUUCACUGAUUCUUCAUUAGAAAAUUUGCUUUUGAAAAUCCAAAGAUAUUUUACAAAUGAACUGGAAAGCUAAAUUUUUCGUUGUUUGUUAUUGAUGGACAAGAGGAGAAACAAGAAGUGAAACAAGGAAGGGAAGGAGGAGAGCAAGACAGAAAAUGACAUUUUUGGAAAAAAAAUUCUGUUGGUUCUUGAGCAUCUUAGUUGAGCUUUUUCCUUUGUGUUGGCAUCACUAAUGUAUGGUAAUGGUUUAGUGGCUACCUCAGUUAAAAGUUAAGGUAUUAUUGAGUAAGUGUGGGAUAUUCCUUAACUGUUGGUUAAAUUUACAAAGAAAGACAGUAGUUUAGGAUGUUAAUUAAGACAGGAUUUUGCAGUUUUGCUGUAAGCAUUGUUUUGGUUUUGUUUGGGUUUUUUUUUUUCCCAAGAGAUCCAGUAGAGAGCAAACUCCAAAAAAGGUAUUUUUCUUUUCUCCUGGAGUUUAGCUUGUGGAUCUGCUUAGAGAAGAGUGUGAAUUGCUGUUGUAGAACAACUGGAGUCUGUUCAUAGAAUCUGUUGAUCUAGUACCUCCUCCAUAUGUUUAUUCUAUGAAUGUGCUUGUACUUUUUCCCAUGACUCUUUAUAUCUAGAGAGGAUCUAGAUGUACAUGAAGCUGCUUAUCACAGAUUUAUUUUCAUUGAGCUCCCCAAUGCCACAUGCUACUGUGAAGUUCAUGCCAAAAUAUCCAUCUAAGGGAUCUGUUCCUAAAGAACAGACCUUCUUGUGUACCUGAAAUCAUGCACAAGCCACAUCUGAGUAGCUAUAUAAAGUUUGCUUGUGUUCUGUUUCUUCCUCCACUACAUUUCUGCUAGCCAGAAAGGGUUCUCUCAGAGGCUUCUGCUUAUUUUUGAAUAUUCAGUAACAUUGUAAACUUAAAUUCAAUACAUUGAAUGCUUGACAGAAUUAGGACCAUCCUUCCUGUUCACCAGUAUGUAUGCUUGCUUGUAGAGGAAUUUUUUUUGGUCCUGCAAGCCACUGAUUUAUGACUUGCUCAGACCUUUUUUUAAGCACCUGUAAUGUGAAGAUAUAUCUGUCCUGCAGCAUUUGGCUGCUGCUCCUUUACGCAAAUCUGAACUAGCUGUGAGUUAGCUGUCUUGGGUACUUAGCUCACACUUAACUUAAAUGUUAAAGCUCUGAAGAAGCUGGAAAUUAAUGCGUGAGCAUGUAGGAUUCCUGAACUAUGUGCUACCAAGUUGUUCUGGCAGCAAUAUUAAAGGUAAAUGCAAGAGCUGAGUACCAUCUUCAGGAUGUGAAAGAACUAUAUGAUGCUGUGUGAAAAGUGACUGCAAACUUUUCUGCAGUUUUGUCUCCUGGAAUGGGGCAUCUGUGUCCCUAAGGGGGGAAAAGAAGGAAAGGGCAAGCUUUAGCAGCAAAUAAGAGAUACAGAGAAAAAAACAUAGUUCUGCAAACGUUCUUCUGGCUUCCCCAAAAACUGUGAAAUAUUUGAUUGUUCCAGCAAUAUUAACAAAGAGAAAACUAAAGUUAUACUUAAUAGCUCUUACACAAUUAUUUGUAGCAUUUUGAGGCCUAAUGAUCAUCAUUAUGACAAGUGCUUUACAGAGCCAUCUGUUUGUCUUGUGUCCCACACCACUGAUGUCUAUGAGGAAGAGGCAGAACGGUGUGAUUUGGGGAUACAGUUUUGCCAUAGGUUUCAUAGAACUGUAGCAAUGACCUGUGUGUUACACUAGAUUUUUAAGACAAAAGGAUUUAGACCUACUUAUUGUUACUUUUAAUUAUAAUAAAAUGCUAUUAAAGUAA